AGAUCCUGACAACUCAGCAACCUCUGAAGAGACUGUGGAGUGCACCAAGAUAGAAGCAAUCAUCAGAGGUGGGGCCCUGACUCUACUUUUCCUGGAAGGAAGCCUUGAGAGACUCCUUGGAAAAUCAGGCAGGCCCUCAUAAAUCAGAAUAUCUUCUAAACUUCAGCAGCCCCAUUGUGUGGAAGUGGGGGAGGUGAGGGAAGUCAGAGAGGAAUCCAAGCCACACCUGGAUCCAGGUACUUGGAACAUGACUCCUAUUGUCUUCCUGUCCAUCCUGUGUUUGGGAGUGGCCUUGGCUGCUCCAGCACCUGAUUACAAUUUGGAUGCCGAGUGGGAGGAGUGGAAGAGGAGCAAUGACAGAACAUACAGCCCAGAGGAAGAAAAACAGAGGAGAGCAGUGUGGGAAGGAAAUGUGAAAUGGAUCAAACAGCACAUUGUGGAGAAUGGCCUGUGGAUGAACAACUUCACCAUAGAAAUGAAUGAAUUUGGUGAUAUGACUGAUGAAGAAAUGAAAAUGAUGACAGAAAGCUCAUCUCCUCCUCUAAGAAAUGGGAAACACAUCCAGAAACGCAACCCCAAAAUCCCCCCAACUUUGGAUUGGAGAAAGGAAGGCUAUGUGACUCCAGUGCGAAACCAGGGAUCAUGUGGUGCAUGUUGGGCUUUUUCUGUUACUGCGUGCAUAGAAGGUCAGCUGUUCAAGAAAACUGGCAAACUGAUCCCACUGAGUGUACAGAAUUUAAUGGACUGCUCAGUAUCUUAUGGCACCAAGGGCUGUGAUGGAGGCAGACCUUAUAAUGCCUUCCAAUAUGUGAAGAACAAUGGAGGUCUAGAAGCUGAGGCAACCUAUCCAUAUGAAGCAAAGGCAAAACACUGCAGGUACCGUCCUGAACGUUCUGUUGUUAAGGUCACCCGCUUUUAUGUUGUUCCAAGGAAUGAAGAAGCUCUACUGCAAGCUCUAGUAACCCAUGGACCCAUUGCUGUUGCAAUUGAUGGUUCACAUGCAUCCUUUCAUUCAUAUCGAGGAGGUAUAUAUCAUGAGCCAAAGUGCAGACAGGAUACUCUUGACCAUGGCUUACUAUUGGUUGGCUAUGGUUAUGAAGGCCAUGAGUCAGAGAACAGGAAAUACUGGCUGGUAAAGAACAGCCAUGGUGAAAGAUGGGGAGAAAAAGGCUACAUGAAGCUUCCCAGAGGUCAGAACAACUACUGUGGAAUUGCUUCUUAUGCUAUGUACCCUGCAUUGUGAGCUGCCUAUGUGUAUGAAGGAAGGAAAGAUAUUAAGGCAACACAUACGGAAGAUUUUCAUCCUAUUCAAAAUGGCCAGCCUCUGCUGUAUAAAAACAUUUGUGUCACCAAACAACAGGGAAAAAGGUGAAAUCUGUUGUAUGUUUGGUUUAGUAAGUCAUCACCAUUGAUGAUGUUCUGAAGUGACUUAUAUAAUUGAAUCUUGUAAUGACUUUAUUUUAUUUUUUCACUGUACCAAAUGCUGUUCUUAAAAAUAAAAGUUAACUACAAAGUUA